CGACUUUCUAUCAGAGACCCCGCCAAAUCCGUAUCGCGAAAGUAUCGCAAGCAAAAGAAUGGCGCCCAACGGAGCAAAAGUUGUCGCUAGUCAAGCAGAGCUUGAUCGUCGAAAAGUAUGAAAUCCAAAACUCCAAUUUGAAGGCUCACCAAAUAACUAAUGGUCCCUCUCCAGGUUGUUGGCGUGAACCUCGAAACAGUAACAGAUGUAACUUCCACCGACUUCCCAGGUCACUGGCCAGGCGAAGACCACAGCUGGUCCAUCGAAAAGUUUCGCGAAGCAUGCUCGGUUCAAUUUUACAAGCGCAGCAAUCUCGAAACAGAAUUUUCCCUCAUCGGCGUCGACGCUUCGAUUGCCAAUGCCUACCGUCGUAUCAUGAUCGGAGAGAUUCCCUCUUUAGCAAUUGAACGAGUCUACAUAUACAACAACACCUCCAUUAUUCAAGACGAAGUGCUUUCAGCUAGAUUGGGACUAAUCCCUCUCACUCUUCCCGGUGGUGUUCGAAAAUUGAAAUGGUGUGCGAAACCAGAGGAAGGGGAGGAAGUCGAAAGUAACGAUUCAAACACCAUCCGGCUAAGUCUGAAAAUCGCAUGUACACAUAACCGCGACGCCGCACCAGGAGAAAGAGAUCCAUUAAAAGCAUAUCACCAUGCUCACGUAUACGCUCGAGACAUCAAAUGGAUACCCUUUGGAAAUCAAGUAGAAGUUUUCGGCGGAGAGGACGCAAUAACUGCCUUGAACCCAGAUAUUCUGAUCGCAAAGAUGAGACCGGGGCAGGUCAUGGAUAUUGAGAUGGAUGCUAUAUUGGGAGUCGGAUCAGAUCACACUAAAUACUCACCCGUCGCACCAGCCUCCUAUCGUCUUCUUCCAACAAUCGAUAUACUCAAACCCAUCAUCGGCGCCGAUGCAGAGAAAUUCUCUCGUUGUUUCCCUCCCGGUGUGAUUGAGCUCCAACCAAUUAGUAAAAAAGAGGCUGCAAAGGCAGGGAGCGGAUACGAAGGGCACGAGGGCGAGAAAAGGGCUGUGGUUGUGAAUGCCAUGAAAGAUACCGUCAGCAGAGAAUGUCUUCGCCAUGAUGAAUUCAAAGACAAAGUCAGACUCGGAAGGAUUCGCGAUCACUUUAUCUUCUCCGUGGAAAGCGUGGGACAAUGGAACAGUGAUGAGCUAUUCUUGGAAUCCGUUGCUCUUUUGAGAAAUAAAGCCGAGGCGUUGCAGGCACAAGUGAGAGCCUUGCCACAAUAGAUUCCGGUGCUGGGUAGAGGUGGGAGAUAAUGUGUCACGAUUAAUUUUGAGGCAUCGCAAGUGCAUUUAUAGGAGUUGAGUUGGUGGUAAUAGGCGUUUUUUCUGUAGUGUGGAUUGGGAUAGAAUUCACAAGUGUAUCUAGGUAGCUUAGACUCCUCGAUUUAUGGCGUCGUUUCGAGGAAGUGAAAGACAAAAGUGUGCUUCCUUCA